AUGGUAGCGGUCUUUGUCGAUGUUUUGCGGGAGGAAAAGCGAGAGGCACUCCGCAAAGCGGUGGCAGUGUGCAUCAGCACGGACGACAAGAGCCCAUGGCGCGAUGUUUCGUACCAAGCUUGCUUGCAAGAUGGCAGUGUUUGCCGCGGCGUCGUGCGAGUGGUCUUCACCAAUGACGACCUAGACAAAGACAAAGUGGAGUCAGAUAAGUCCGUGGCCAUGGCAGAGAGCAUUGUUUCCGCGUGGACGGAUCUGUGCACACCAAGAGGUGGAACCCUGGACAGGGAACUGCUGCAGCACAUUUUGUCCAUCACUUUUGCCUGGUCAUCUGACAGAUGUCCUGCGGCCAUGAAAGCAGCCCGUGCACUUCGCCAGCAUUGCCCGAGGCUGUGCUUCAUCAACAAAGAUCCUUGUCACGUCAUUCGCACAGUGACCAGCUUGGUGGAGAGUAGCUUUGGCAAAGCGGAGGAGGUAUUGUUCAACGACAAGACAUCGGUAGUCCCCACAAUCACCAACUCAGCUGAGUGGAGCCUCGAAGAGUUCAAUAUUUCCACUUUUUUUAAACGGAAGAGUAAGUUCCUGUGGUUGGAGAAACUCGUAUUGGAGAAGCCAGAGUUCAGUGGUGCCAUGAAGGUCGCCGUUCGACAUUUCCAGUGGGCGAAGACAAGAUGGGAAUCCAGCGCAGGACCUCGAAGGCGGCUGUGCCAUCUUCUGAUCCCAACCGCGUUGCUGCUUGCUGUGGCUGCGUCGGAUGCCCGCGCAUCUCCAGAAGAGCAGAAGAGGCUGGUCUCACGGCUGGACGCUCUCCGGCCACAACUUUGGCUGGAGCUUGGGAUCGCCGCGGAUUGGAGGGAAGAGUUCAUCUCUCUCAUUCGGCGCUUGGAGCCAGAGGGCUACGACCCGGCCUGCUUGGAGGCGGAUGUGCGGGAGUGGUUCCGUCGGCAGACGCAGCUUUUUCAGGAUGGCCGGAUUUUAGAUGAGCUUCCUGACGAAGAGGGGUCGGAGCAGUCGUGCACCUUUCACGUGGUCAGGAAUGCGAUGCAAUGCCCUCCUUUGUAUGUUGGUGGCAGAGUCUUCCACAUGUGGUCGAAAGAGCGUGGUGACAAACAGGUCUUCCAGGGCGUUCUUCAAAACAUGUCCAACCUGGUUGAAGCGGCCAAGGCUCGUGUAGACUCGGAGCUCUUGAACACCAUGCAGACGGAUUGGCAGGUUUUUUCACUUCGGUCUUGGACGCGCAGCCGCAACCAAAGUGUGGAAGAGCAGAGGACUUUUGAUUCUGUGUUGCGGCAUCGCCUAGGUCGGCUACUGCGCUCUUUGGCAUUGAGUGUGCGCGAUGGCACGGAGCAGUUCUUUCGAGUGGCCCCGAUUUUGGCAGAAAAGUUUGAAGAGAAAAUGGACAACCGCGUCCUGUGGCACCGUGUUUUUGAGGAGGCCACGGUCCGGACAGCCGGUGAUGUCUCUGUCCUUCGUAUUUUGGUGGGCGCCUAUUUAGCGAACAUGGCUGGAUCCACGGGUCGGGAGCGAGAAUUGGCACAGAUCAAAGCUCUGGCAGACAAUCACACGAAUUGCAGUGCUGAUUUGGCAUCGGCAAUCCACGAGAUCCGCAUGGAUGGGCCGCAGGAUGAAUCAGGCUUGGCUGUCAGGUACGCAGCUCAACUUCGGAAAUCUUGCGAGGAUGCUGUUGAGGAGUCUGUGGAGCCAGGCGGGACAAGGGGGGAGCGCAGAGGAUGCCGUCCUGGUUCCGAGCGAGCCCUCAUCCUCUCCCAGCAGCAGGGUCGUGCGCAGCUGGCCGAUGGCAAGGGGCGAUGCAACGGCCUCUUAGGCUUCAAGAAAGACGACCUCUUGGUGCCCAGAGGCAAAAGAAAAGAAAAAUACUUGCUGUCCGAUGUGCUGGCCCAAUUCAGAAAGACAACCGAGAACCGGCAGAAAGAAAAGCUUGCUCGACACGGAAACAUCAGAGCGGGUGCAAACCCGUACCCUUUGGGUUCCCUGCGCCUUGGUCGCCUCUUUGAUGGACCCGGGGAUGAAGGCCAGACGACUAUCCGGUUGGGCGGCAGUGGGCGACAGGUGCGCACCUACAACCUCUCCAAAGUGGGAGCUUU